CUGUCGUUUUUGCCUGUUUUGCAGAGUUUCAAUGUUCUGACUUGGUCUAAGAUGAAGGUAUGGAAGCUUGCAGCUAUAGCCUCGAUGCUCUUCAGUUCCAUGUUGUCCGUUUUGGUUUGUAGAGACUUGUUCACCAGGAGCCGGGAGCACACCCUCUUCUCCUCGUCGCUGUUUUCCAGAUCCUCGCCGUCGUCGUCCUCGCUCGCCGAAGGCCACAGGAGGCACCCAAGGGCUCUGGGACGCCGCGGAUCGCUGAUCUCCCAGUACAGCACAUUGUUCGAGAGCUACACGGAGGGAGAAAUCCGCCACCUCAUCUCCACGCUGAUCGAGAGGUACAGCCAGUCCAUGAACUCGGGGGGCCACGAACUGCCGCUCUUCGCCAAAGCCGGCAACCGGAUGAAGCGCGCCAAGGCCCGCCACAAGCCCUGCUCCCUCAAGGAGCUUGAGGUGACUGUCAGCGAGCUGGGCCUCGGCUACAAGUCGGACGAGACGGUCCUCUUCCGCUACUGCAGCGGCACGUGCGACUCGGCCGUGCGCAACUACGACCUGUCCCUGAAGAACGUGAGGAGCAUGCGGAAGAUCAAGAAGGAGAAGGUGAGAGCCCGCCCGUGCUGCCGCCCCCUGUCGUACGACGACGACGUCUCCUUCUUGGACGCGGGGAACCGCUACUACACGGUGAACGAGGUGUCGGCCAAAGAGUGCGGCUGCGUGUGAUGGAGCAAAGGAAGGAGG